AUGGCAGAAAAUAUCCCAAUUGAAGAUUACUUACAACAAAUAAGUCAUGCAACAGAUAUAAUUCAAUCCAAGAUCAAUGCACAUCCAGCAAUUGCCCAUCCAAGAGUCAUGAUAAUUUGUGGGUCAGGUCUUGGUGGAAUAGCAGAUAUUUUAAACCCCCGGAAAAAAAUUGAGAUAUCAUAUUCACAAAUUCCAGGAUUUAAAACUUCAACAGUUCAAGGUCAUGCUGGGAAAUUAGUAUUUGGAUUAAUUGGUGAUAAUGAAGUUCCAGUAAUGUGUAUGGUUGGUAGAUUACAUUUUUAUGAAGGGUAUACGUUCCAAGAAACUACUUUUCCUAUAAGAGUUGCAAAAGAAUUAAACAUAUCAACUGUUAUUGUUACAAAUGCAGCUGGUGGUAUAAAUGAAAAAUAUCAACCUGGAGAGUUAAUGGUUAUUGAAGAUCAUAUAAAUUUCCCUGGAUUGGCUGGUUGGCAUCCACUAAGAGGUCCAAAUUUAGAAUCUUUUGGACCUCGUUUUCAACCACUUUCUGAUGCUUAUGAUCAUGAAUUAAGAAAACUUUUUAUUAAAACUGCUAAAACUCUAGAUGUUAAAAGAACAAUACACGAGGGUACUUAUUUUUUCGCAGCGGGGCCAACUUUUGAAAGUAGAGCAGAAGUACGUGCAAUAAGAACUUUAGGAGGUGAUGCAGUUGGUAUGUCAACAGUUCCGGAAGUUAUAAUAGCUCGUCAUUCAGGUUUAAAAGUAUUUGCAUUAUCAUUAAUUACAAAUGCAGGAGUUGGUGAAAAACCUCCAAGUGCAUUAAAUGAAAACCCAAAGGCAUUAGAUGAAGGUAUGGCUAGUCAUGCGGAAGUUUUAGAAACUGCUGAUGAAGCUUCAAAAGAUGUUCAAAAAAUUAUAGAAUCAAUGGUUAAUCAAUUACAGAAUUAUUAA